CCAAGAGAAAACCCCUCCCUAUUUCUCCCUACCGGCUCUGAAGUUCAGUAGCGAAAAUGAAAAAGAUUUUCAGUUUCCGCAGAAAGCGAACAGUGAAUCCACUUCCAACCUCCACCCUCAGGAGGAGGGACAGCGGGGUCCAAGAAUCCGAUCCUAAUUCAGGAUACCUGAUUAGGGCCAAGGACCUGGAGAAGAUCCACAAAGCUGCCUCCACUGGGGAUGUGGCGAAGGUGCAGCACCAGCUGCUGCUGAGGAAGUCAGGUGUGAACGAUCGAGAUAAAAUGAAUCGGACACCUCUACACCUGGCCUGUGCUAAUGGAUAUCCAGAUGUUGUAGCUCUCUUAGUAGAGAGACACUGCGAUCUAAACCUGCUGGACAAUGAUAAUCUAACACCUUUGAUGAAGGCAGUACGGUGUCAACAUGAGGAGUGUGCUACUACCCUGCUCGAACAUGGUGCGGACCUCAAUCUUGUGGACACCGACAACAACACGGCACUUCACUAUGCUGCCUUUGGACAGAACACAGCUAUAGCAGCAAAGCUGCUGAAACACAACAUGGACAUUGAGGGAAAAAACAAGGAAGGCUAUACACCGCUUGUGGUUGCAAUUAGAGAAAAUAAUCUAGCUAUGGUAGAUUUUUUCUUAAAAAAUGGAGCAAAUGUGAAUGCCACGGAUAACACUAAAAGGUACAGUAAUUACUGCUUGAAAUAAAAUAAAGAGAGAAAAGUUUCUAGAAUAAUAAGAACAACUUAAACCAUGGAACACAUGGAACAACAAUAAUCAAAACU